GCUCAGAUAUGCCCAUCCCGGAUCCAGGCGCAUGUGUCUCCGCCGCCUAUCGAUGUAUGUCAGACUCUGCAUCAGACACCAACACACGUACCACUCGCCAUCCCGUCCCAUACCAAACUCGCUCUCUCACCACCUCCCGGCGCGCGCCACCUGCCUGCAAGGCAGCACCACUAUCGGCUGUAUCGAUGACAGAUCGAGCCUUCAUGUUGCUUUCUAGAGCGGAGUUCGUGACCCCACCAAGUGCGGACUUCAUGAAGUUAGGCCUACCCGUCGGAUACACAGGUACGAUCUAAUAAGCAUUGCAAGGCCAUCACUGUAGAUCGCGCUUAGCUUUGGCAGUGCGUCAACGAAUUCCUGCCCACAGCAGAAC